AAACGGUCACUUCAAUUUUCUAUGUUCCUACGUUCGACGUUUGUUUAGAAAAAGUUAUUGUGCGUGAAAAUCGUGUUAAAUAUUUAAUUUAAAGCAACUGAUUAUCACGCCGUGUUUACAAUGAAGAAACGACUGACCAUCCCAUUGGAUCGCUACCAUGGACAAGACGGUCCAAGACAGCGACGGAACACUUUAAACAGAGCGCGCUAUAUGGUGAAGAAAUGCUUGGAAGCUGACGCAGAAAGGGUCGAUAGUGUCGCCGGACCUUCCGGCAUUUCCGAUGUUCCUGCUUCUGCUGUUGCCGUAGACGUUCAGGACGUUCCUACCACCGCGGCCGAUGUUCCGGAGAUUAUCGAACAGACCGAGUUAGAAGCAGAGUCAGAGGACGACGACACAGAUGUUUCGUUCGAUGAAGUUUACGACGAGGAUCUGUCCGAUGAGUUCGACGGAGAAGACGUGGACCCGGAAAUCGUCGAACAAACCGAACCCGAAACCACCGAUGAACGUUUCCGGCACGCUCUGAAGGAGUGGUUUUUCCUGAAUAAUAUCACACUGCAAGCUCUGUCAAAGCUUUUGUCAGUAGUUCGGAUGGUUUCCCCGAACCUUCCGAAAUCUGCAAAGGCAUUCUUGCAGUCGAAAGCAGUAACAGUGCCAACCACUACCAUCGCUGGAGGCGAAUAUUGGCACCGCGGCGUAGGGAACGGCCUUAAGCGAGUGUAUCGCAACAUCGAUCGGCCAAAAGACGUCUCCAUCUAUGUGAACAUUGACGGGCUGCCACUGUAUCGUCAGUCAAUGUUGCAAGCGUGGCCUGUGUUAGGGACGAUCGUGGAAGAACCCAAACUACGCCCGUUUGUCAUCGGCGUGUUCUGCGGGAAGAAAAAACCGCAACAUAUCGAGGAAUACUUGAGACCAUUCGUUGAUGAAAUGCGUGAUCUCAUGGCCACACCGUGCAUUGUGAACGGCUUCAUCGUGAACGUGAGACUCCAGGCAUUUAUAUGCGAUACACCGGCCCGCGCAUUUCUUAAAGGCACUGUUCAUUCCAACGGCUACCACGGUUGCCAAAAGUGCACCGCCGUUCUCCAGCCUGUGGAGAACAGCCACGAAUUGACGUAUCCGUUAGAAAAAGCAGAUUUGCGAACUGACCAAGCGUUUGGCCCGUUACCGAAUAUUUCCACAUAUCCAUUCGAAAAUCUGUUGUACAGCAUUAAACGAAGUGUUCAUUCCGGUUUUCAACCAUUGCAACAGAUUUGCAAUAAAAUAUUAGAUAUAGAGGCAUUUGAACUUUCAUCUCCGGCCAACCCGACAGCG